AUGUAUUGUUCAUGUAUUGUUCAUGAAUUGUUCAUGUAUUGUACAUGUCGUGUUCAUGCAUUGUUCAUGUAUUGUUCAUGUAUUGUUCAUGUACUGUACAUGUCGUGUUCAUGUAUUGUUCAUGUAUUGUUCAUGUAUUGUUUAUGUAAUGUACAUGUCGUGUUCAUGUAUUGUUCAUGUAUUGUUCAUGUAUUGUUCAUGUAUUGUUCAUGUAUUGAUCAUGUAUUGUUUAUGUAUUGUUUAUGUAUUGUACAUGUCGUGUUCAUGUAUUGUUCAUGUAUUGUUUAUGUAUUGUACGUGUCGUGUUCAUGUAUUGUUCAUGUAUUGUUCAUGAAUUGUUCACGUAUUGUACAUGUCGUGUUCAUGUAUUGUUCAUGUAUUGUUCAUGUAUUGUUCAUGUAUUGUUCAUGUAUUGUUCAUGUAUUGUUUAUGUAUUGUUCAUGUAUUGUAUUGUUCAUGUAUUGUUCAUGA